GGUUCUGAGGGAAGGGAGUCAUGCGGGGCGGGGGGCGACUAUCCUCUCGUCCUUGGCUGCCGCCGCCGCCGCCGCCACUGCCGCUUCCCCGCAAGCUGCACUGAUUUCUCCCCGCUUGGCUGCGGCCGCUGUUUUUGCAGCCAUUUUGCACCAGAGGAGCCGGAGGCAGAGGGGGCUGCGGCGGCGGAGCAGAGACAUGGGCUAACAGCUGUUGCGGCACAGGAACCAGCACCAUGGUGAAGAGGAAAAGCUCAGGAGGCCAGGACCAGGAGAGCGGCCGAGGGGUUCCGCUGCCUAUCCAGACCUUCCUGUGGAGGCAAACCAGUGCAUUUUUGAGACCCAAACUGGGAAAGCAAUAUGAAGCUUCUUGUGUGUCCUUUGAAAGAGUUUUGGUUGAAAACAAGCUGCACGGUCUUUCACCAGCUCUUUCUGAAGCCAUCCAGAGCAUUUCACGCUGGGAAUUGGUUCAAGCUGCCUUACCCCAUGUCCUUCACUGCACAGCCACUCUGCUUUCUAACCGGAACAAGUUAGGACAUCAGGACAAACUUGGUGUUGCUGAGACAAAACUCCUUCACACUCUACAUUGGAUGUUGCUAGAAGCACCUCAAGACUGCAGCCAUGACCACUUUGGAGGAUCAGGAGACAGAGGGUCAAGCUGGAGAGGAAGCAGCAGUGCCUUUAUCCACCAGAUUGAAAACCAAGGAUCUCCAGGGCAAUCAAGAUGUAACAGUACCAAUGAAGAAGAAGAAAACAGCAGAAGGAAGUUCUUUCAGAAUUCAAUGGCAACUGUUGAGCUUUUUGUGUUCCUGUUUGCUCCUCUGGUUCAUAGGAUUAGAGAAUCUGAUCUGACCUUUCGUCUUGCCAGUGGCCUUGUCAUUUGGCAGCCAAUGUGGGAACACAGACAGCCAGAAGUCACUGCCUUUACUGCACUUGUUAAACCCAUCAGGAAUAUAAUCACAGCAAAGAGGAGUUCUCCAAUCAAACACCAGGGUCUUACAUGUGAAUCUCCUAAUUUGGAUGCUGGGCAUACAGAGGUAAUGAGGAUAGUAUGUGAAUCAACAGAAUCAGACUCUAUUCCACCAAGACAAGCCUUCCUGGGCUGCCACCGUGGAAAUUCCAUUGAUGGAAGCAUUUCACCCCAAGCCUCCCAAGAGAAAGCAACUCCCUACCCUCGAGUGUCUUUGGUGAUCCCACCAUGCCAAAGGUCCCGCUAUGCCACUUACUUUGAUGUUGCUGUAUUACGAUGCCUGCUUCAGCCACACUGGUCUGAGGAAGGCACACAAUGGUCCUUGAUGUAUUAUCUCCAGCGGCUGCGCCACAUGUUAGAAGAAAAGCCAGAGAAAUCAUUUGACCCAGAAGCCCCACCAUUGCCAAGGCCACGCAGUAGUUCCAUGGUGGCUGCUGCUCCCUCACUAGUCAAUACUCACAAAACACAGGAUCUCACAAUGAAAUGUAAUGAGGAAGAAAAAUCAUUAAGCACCGAAGCUUUUGCCAAAGUAUCCCUAACUAACCUGAGGAGACCAGCAGUUCCAGAUCUCUCCUCUGAUUUGGGAAUGAAUAUAUUUAAAAAGUUCAAGAGCCGCAAGGAGGAUCGUGAACGCAAGGGCUCUAUUCCUUUCCACCACACAGGGAAGAAAAGGCAACGGCGAAUGGGAGUGCCCUUCCUGCUCCAUGAAGACCAUUUGGAUGUAUCACCUACUCGAAGCACAUUCUCUUUUGGCAGCUUCUCUGGGAUUGGUGAAGACAGGCGUGGCAUUGAGAGAGGAGGAUGGCAAACCACUAUUCUAGGGAGAUUUACAAGGCGAGGCAGCUCUGAUACAGCUACUGAGAUGGAAAGUCUGAGUGCUCGGCAUUCUCAUUCCCACCAUACUUUGGUUACUGACCUGCCAGAUCACUCCAACAGCCACGGUGAGGUGAUAUCCAAGAUACGAUCCCAAAUUUCCACCAUCACGGUGGCCACCUUCAAUACCACACUGGCCUCUUUCAAUGUAGGCUAUGCUGAUUUCUUCAGUGAGCACAUGCGCAAGCUUUGCAACCAGGUGCCCAUACCAGAAAUGCCCCAUGAGCCUCUGGCAUGUGCCAAUCUCCCUCGAAGUCUGACAGAUUCUUGCAUCAACUAUAGUUGCCUGGAAGAUACAGAUCACAUAGAUGGGACCAGCAACUUUGUCCACAAGAAUGGCAUGCUGGAUCUUUCGGUGGUUCUUAAAGCAGUUUACUUGGUCUUGAAUCAUGACAUCAGCUCCAGAAUCUGUGAUGUGGCCCUCAAUAUUGUGGAAUGUCUGCUUCAGCUUGGUGUGGUACCCUGUGUGGAGAAGAUCAGAAGGAAAAGUGAGAAUAAGGAGAAUGAGACCAAUGAAAAGAGACAAAGUGAAACUUCCUUUCAACUCAAGGGGGCUUUGACUACCUCAGCGUCUGGAUUUGGGACUGCUCCAAUAACUGGAACAGGAGAUGGCAGUGGAGAAGGAGGAGGAGGAGUUGGAAGUGCUGCUGGAGGAGGAGGAAGUGGUGGAGGAGAUGGAGGAGAUGGUGGUGGAGGAGGAGGGGGAGAAGGUGGAGGAAGAUCUUUUGAAAAGAAUGAUAAAAAGGAAGACAAGGAUGAAAAUACCCCAGUAAGCACUCAUAGGCUGGCUCUGACAAUGCUGAUAAAAAUUGUGAAGUCUCUGGGCUGUGCAUAUGGCUGUGGAGAAGGUCAUCGCGGACUCUCUGGAGAUCGUCUGAGACAUCAGGUUCUGAAGGAACUGGCUCAGAACUGCCUUACAAAGUUAUAUAAACUGGAUAAGAUGCAGUUUCGUCAGACAAUGAGAGAUUAUGUGAAUAAAGAUUCAUUGAACAACGUGGUGGAUUUUUUACAUGCUUUGCUAGGAUUUUGUAUGGAACCAGUUACAGACAACAAGGCUGGUUUUGGAAAUAACUUUACCACCAUGGACAACAAAUCUACAGCCCAAAGUAUUGAGGGCAUUAUCGUCAGUGCUAUGUUCAAAUCUUUGAUCACUCGCUGUGCCUCUACUACACAUGAGCUCCAUAGUCCUGAGAAUCUGGGUUUAUACUGUGACAUCCGACAACUGGUACAGUUUAUCAAGGAGGCUCAUGGAAAUGUUUUCAGAAGAGUAGCUCUUAGUGCUCUUUUGGACAGUGCAGAAAAGUUGAUUCCAGGAAGAAAAACAGAAGAAAAUACUGAGCAAGAACCCAAACCACCAGGGAGUAAAAAAUCUGAAGUAGGAAGUGUUGUUAUUGAUAAAGGACAGCUGUCUUCUGCUCCUGAUGAGUGUCGCAGCUAUAUCUCAGGUCGUCCAAUACAAACUCCUGAGCAUGAUGAACAAAUGCAAGGAGCAGUCUUAGGCCGCAAGGAUUUCUGGAGGAAAAUGUUUAAAUCCCAGAGUGCCGCUAGCGAUACCAGCAGCCAGUCGGAGCCAGACACUUCAGAAUGCACAACUGCACACUCAGGAAUGGCCACAGAGAGGCGUUCCCGCUCCCGCUCCAGACGGAUCUCCCUGAGAAAGAAACUCAAACUCCCACUAGGGAACUGGCUGAAACGUUCAUCCAUUUCUGGUCUGGCAGAUGGUGUAGAAGACCUUCUGGAUAUUAGCUCUGUGGAUCGUCUCUCUUUCAUCAGGCAGAGCUCCAGGGUAAAAUUUACUAGUGCAGUGAAGCUAUCAGAAGGUGGGCCUGGAAGUGGCAUGGAAAAUGGGCGUGAAGAAGAGGAGAAUUUCUUCAAGCGUCUUGGUUGCCAGACUUAUGAAGAUCAUCUGACUUCCAGCCAAGAGGGAAACAAAAGCAAGAACGUGGUGAAUUUGGGAGCCAUUCGGCAAGGCAUGAAGCGCUUUCAAUUUCUCUUAAACUGCUGUGAACCAGGAACAAUCCCCGAUGCUUCCAUCCUUGCAGCUGCUCUUGAUCUUGAGGCACCAGUGGUGGCGAGGGCUGCCCUUUUCUUGGAAUGUGCUCGCUUUGUGCACCGCUGCAACCGGGGCAACUGGCCAGAAUGGAUGAAGGGGCAUCAUGUGAAUAUUACUAAAAAAGGCCUUUCUCGUGGGCGCUCUCCAAUCGUGGGGAAUAAACGAAACCAGAAGUUACAGUGGAAUGCAGCCAAGCUCUUCUACCAGUGGGGGGAAGCAAUUGGAGUCCGUCUCAAUGAACUUUGCCAUUCUGAGAGUGAGAGUCCAGCCAAUCUGCUGGGCCUCAUUUAUGAUGAGGAGACCAAAAGGAGGCUGAGAAAGGAGGAUGAGGAAGAAGACUUUUUAGAUGACAGUACAGUAAAUCCCACCAAAUGUUGUUGUCCUUUUGCUUUGAAGAUGGCAGCAUGUCAGCUUCUUCUAGAGAUCACCACUUUUCUUCGAGAGACCUUUCCCUACAUGCCCAGGCCACGUACUGAACCUCUUGUGGAUCUGGAGAGUUGCAGGCUACGUUUGGACCCUGAGAUGGAUCGACACAGGUAUGAGAGGAAGAUCAGCUUUGCUGGGGUUUUGGAUGAAAAUGAAGAUUCAAAAGAUUCCUUACACAGCAGCAGUCAUACCUUGAAGUCUGACACAGGUUGUGAAGAGAAGAAAGAAGGAAGCCCUUGGAGUGCAAGUGAACCUAGUAUAGAACCUGAAGUGCUCAGCAGCACUGGAACAGAAGAUAACUAUCACCGGAAUAUGACGUGGCUACAUGUGAUGAUACUUCUGUGCAACCAGCAGAGUUUCAUUUGUACCCAUAUUGAUUACUGCCACCCUCACUGCUACCUCCACCACAGUCGUUCGUGUGCACGCCUUGUCCGGGCGAUCAAACUUUUAUACGGAGACACUGUGGAUUCACUUAAAGAAAAUAACUUACUAAAUGGUGUGGCCAGAGGCAAAAAACAAAAAGAGUGUUCAGACAAGUCAUGCCUCAGAACACCAUCCCUGAAGAAAAGAGUGAUGGAUUCUAAUCUUGAAGGAAAAAAAGACUCUGGGAUGUUGAAAUACAUAAGGCAUCAGGUGAUGAGCCUGUCUCCAGCACCACUUUCACUGUUAAUCAAGGCAGCUCCCAUCCUCACAGAAGAGAUGUAUGGGGACAUCCAGCCUGCAGCAUGGGAAUUGUUGCUCAGUAUGGAUGAACAUAUGGCUGGUGCAGCAGCUGCCAUGUUCCUUCUGUGUGCUGUGAAAGUACCAGAGGCAGUUUCAGAUAUGCUGAUGUCUGAAUUUCAUCACUCGGAGGCAGUGCAGAGACUGAAUGCCAUUCUGAAGUUCCACACCCUCUGGAGAUUUAGAUAUCAAGUAUGGCCUCGCAUGGAAGAAGGAGCUCAACAAAUCUUUAAGAUUCCUCCACCAAGUAUUAACUUCACCCUACCCUCUCCAGUGCUUGGAAUGCCAUCUGUCCCCAUGUUUGACCCUCCAUGGGUUCCCCAGUGCAGUGGGAGUGUGCAGGACCCCAUCAAUGAAGAUCAGUCUAAAUCAUUUUCAGCCCGGGCAGUAUCACGUUCUCAUCAACGAGCAGAACACAUUCUGAAGAACCUGCAACAGGAAGAGGAGAAGAAACGUCUGGGCCGAGAAGCUAGUCUCAUCACUGCCAUACCUAUCACCCAGGAAGCUUGCUAUGAACCUAGUUGUUCUCCAAGCUCAGAGCAGGAGGAAGAAGUGAGUGCAGUGGCUCAACAAGUCUUGUGGAACUGUCUCAUUGAAGAUCCAUCCACAGUUCUUCGACAUUUCCUGGAGAAACUCACUAUCAGUAAUCGGCAGGAUGAAUUGAUGUAUAUGCUGAGGAAACUUUUAUUGAACAUUGGAGACUUUCCUGCUCAAACGUCCCAUAUCCUCUUCAAUUACUUGGUGGGACUGAUCAUGUAUUUUGUGCGCACACCAUGUGAAUGGGGCAUGGAUGCCAUUUCAGCCACUCUGACCUUCCUUUGGGAAGUGGUGGGCUAUGUAGAAGGACUGUUCUUCAAAGAUCUCAAACAAACUAUGAAGAAGGAACAAUGUGAGGUGAAGCUUCUGGUUACUGCUUCAAUGCCAGGUACCAAGACUCUAGUAGUUCAUGGCCAGAAUGAAUGUGAUAUCCCAACCCAGCUUCCAGUCCAUGAAGACACCCAGUUUGAAGCUCUUUUAAAGGAGUGUCUGGAAUUUUUUAACAUACCUGAAUCCCAGUCUUCCAACUACUUUUUAAUGGAUAAGCGGUGGAAUCUUAUUCAUUAUAAUAAGACCUAUGUCCGUGAUAUUUACCCAUUUCGUAGAUCAGUAUCUCCACAACUGAAUCUGGUACACAUGCAUCCAGAAAGGGGGCAAGAACUCAUUCAAAAACAGGUAUUUACCCGUAAAUUAGAAGAAGUGGGUCGAGUGUUGUUUCUCAUUUCUCUGACUCAGAAGAUUCCUGUGGCUCACAAGCAGUCCCACGUGUCUUUGUUGCAAGAAGACCUUCUUCGCUUGCCUUCAUUUCCCCGUAGUGCCAUUGAUGCAGAAUUCUCACUCUUCAAUGAUCCACAAGCUGGCAAGGAACUCUUUGGUCUAGAUACACUUCAGAAAAGCCUAUGGAUUAAAUUGCUAGAAGAGAUGUUUCUGGGAAUGCCCAGUGAAUUUCCCUGGGGGGAUGAAAUUAUGCUGUUCCUGAAUGUAUUUAAUGGAGCCCUGAUCCUACACCCAGAGGACAGCGCACUGUUGAGGCAGUAUGCUGCUACAGUAAUCAACACAGCUGUACAUUUCAACCACCUCUUCUCUCUCAGUGGUUACCAGUGGAUCCUUCCCACUAUGCUGCAGGUAUAUGCUGACUAUGAGAGUAAUCCACAGCUCCGCCAAGCAAUUGAGUUUGCCUGCCGUCAGUUUUACAUUCUACAUCGUAAGCCUUUUGUGCUGCAAUUGUUUGCUAGUGUUGCUCCACUUCUGGAAUUUCCCGAUGCUGCAUACAAUGGACCCAGCAAGGGAGUGUCUGCUCAGUGCCUGUUUGAUCUCCUACAGUCCUUAGAAGGAGAUACUUCUGACAACCUAGAUAUUCUAGAAUUGGUAAAAGCAGAGAAGCCUCUGAAAUCACUAGAUUUCUGUUACGGCAAUGAGGACCUGACAUUUUCAAUCAGUGAAGCCAUCAAGUUAUGUGUAACAGUUGUGGCAUAUGCACCUGAGUCUUUCAGAAGUCUUCAGAUGCUGAUGGUCCUUGAAGCUCUAGUGCCCUGUUACUUGCAGAAACUUAAGAGGCAAACCUCCCAAGUGGAAACUGUGACGGCUGCUCGAGAAGAGAUUGCUGCUACAGCUGCUCUGGCGACAUCCUUGCAAGCACUUUUGUACAGUGUGGAAGUUCUUACUCGGCCAAUGACUGCACCUCAGAUGAGUCGCUGUGAUCAAGGCCAUAAAGGAACCACUACUGCUAACCAUACUAUGUCAGCUGGAACAAAUACCAGGUAUCCAGAGCAAGGGGCCAAACUGCAUUUUAUCAGAGAAAACCUUCAUUUGCUAGAGGAAGGCCAAGGUAUCCAGCGGGAGGAGCUAGAUGAACGUAUUGCUAGAGAAGAGUUUCGACGACCUCGUGAGUCCCUAUUGAAUAUAUGCACUGAGUUCUACAAACACUGUGGCCCCCGACUGAAGAUUUUACAGAACCUGGCUGGAGAGCCCAGGGUGACUUCUUUAGAGCUGCUGGAUGUUAAGUCUCAUAUGAGAUUGGCAGAGAUUGCACAUUCCCUUUUGAAGCUGGCACCUUAUGAUACCCAAACCAUGGAGAGCCGAGGGCUCCGCCGGUACAUCAUGGAAAUGCUGCCCAUCACUGACUGGACUGCUGAGGCAGUGAGACCUGCCCUUAUCCUCAUCUUGAAAAGACUGGAUCGUAUGUUCAAUAAAAUUCACAAGAUGCCUACUUUGAGGAGACAGGUUGAAUGGGAGCCUGCCAGCAAUUUGAUUGAAGGGGUUUGUUUGACACUUCAGAGGCAGCCAAUCAUAUCCUUCCUGCCUCAUCUUAGGUCACUGAUCAAUGUCUGUGUCAAUCUGGUGAUGGGAGUAGUAGGACCUUCCAGUGUGGCUGAUGGAUUACCCCUUCUUCAUCUCAGCCCUUAUCUCUCGCCACCUCUACCCUUCAGCACAGCUGUUGUCCGGCUUGUAGCAUUGCAGAUUCAGGCUUUAAAAGAAGAUUUUCCCUUAAGCCAUGUGAUCUCCCCAUUCACCAAUCAGGAGAGAAGGGAAGGAAUGCUUUUAAAUCUACUGAUUCCAUUUGUGCUCACAGUAGGAUCAGGAAGCAAAGACAGCCCUUGGCUGGAGCAGCCUGAAGUUCUCCUGCUGCUCCAGACAGUCAUUAACAUUUUACUGCCACCUCGCAUUAUUAGCACUUCACGUAGUAAGAACUUCAUGCUGGAGAGCUCCCCUGCCCACUGCUCCACUCCAGGGGAUGCAGGAAAGGACCUGCGUAAGGAAGGGCUAGCUGAAUCCACUAGUCAAGCAGCCUACUUGGCUUUGAAGGUGAUCCUUGUUUGUUUUGAGCGACAGCUUGGUAGCCAAUGGUAUUGGCUGAGUCUGCAAGUCAAAGAAAUGGCUUUACGAAAAGUUGGAGGGCUGGCCCUAUGGGAUUUUCUGGAUUUUAUUGUACGCACUCGAAUUCCUAUUUUUGUACUUCUUCGACCCUUUAUCCAAUGCAAGUUGCUAGCCCAGCCAGCUGAGAAUCAUGAGGAGCUGACUGCCCAACAACACAUUGCUGACCAGCUGGAGCGUCGCUUCAUCCCCCGCCCUCUCUGUAAGAGCUCUCUCAUUGCAGAAUUCAAUAAUGAACUGAAGAUCCUCAAGGAGGCUGUGCAUAGUGGAUCAGCUUACCAAGGGAAGACCUCCAUCAGCACCGUGGGAACCUCCACCUCUGCUUAUCGACUGAGUCUUGCCACUAUGUCCCGCUCCAAUACUGGCACUGGAACUGUUUGGGAACAGGAUAGUGAGCCUUCUCAGCAAGCCUCUCAGGAUACUUUAAGCAGGACAGAUGAAGAAGACGAGGAAAAUGAUUCAGUAAGCAUGCCCAGUGUGGUAAGUGAACAGGAAGCAUACCUUAUGGGUACCAUAGGGAGGAGGCGAUUCUCCAGCCAUCUCUCCAGCAUAUCUGCACCUCAGCCUGAAGUGGGGAUGUUACCCAGUCAAAGUGAACCCAAUGUCCUCGAUGACUCCCAGGGCCUGGCCGCUGAGGGCAGCCUCUCUAGGGUAGCGAGUGUGCAGAGUGAACCUGGACACCACAAUCUCCUUCUUCAGCAACCAUUAGGGAGAAAAAGAGGUCUAAGACAGCUAAGGAGGCCUCUGUUAUCACGCCAGAAAACCCAGACUGAAUCUCACAGCCGUCACGGAGCACGACUUUCAACAACACGUAGAAGCAUACAGCCCAAAACAAAAUCAACUGUGGAUCAAAAACGAUCUGUAACCUUCACUGAAGCUCAGUCAGAAGCAUCAUCUUCAAAAUCUGAUCCUACACCUAUUCCAGCCCAGCAGCUACAGUGCAGCAAAAGGAUCAGCCCUGCAGAAGGUAGCAAGCAAGCAACCAAUAAAUCUGUUGUGAAGUCAUCACCCACAAUUAUUGCGGCAGGUCUCCAUAGUCAAAUCUCUUCUCACCAGAUUGAGACACUUGCUUCUGGAAAGGAUACAAAAAACGAGGAGGAUUCAGAGCAAAAGCCAGCACUUGCUCAUAGUACUUCUCCAACUACACAGCUUUCUGACGCUGAGGACUUUACAGGCUUAGAAACAACCAGUUUAUUGCAGCAUGAAGAUACCGUGCUUCAUAUAAGUGAAGACAAUGGGAUGGAGAAUCCCCUUCUUUCCAGCCAGUUCAACUUCACACAAGUUGAGAUGGGGCAAACUGAUGUUGUCCUGGAUGAAUCACAUGUUUGACUUGAAAGAAACAGAAGUACAAUAGAGGAAGCAGAGACUUUCCUCUAAUCUCCAUAGCUCUCUAUAAGUAAUGUAAGUUAAGAAAGAGCACUUUAAAAACAAUGAGAGAUAUCUCAUAUCUUAUUGGCGGGUUAAUAUAUUUCAUAAUUUGUAAGUAAUGCCUUUGGAAGAUCUAGUUCAUUAGACUCAGGACACACUGUAAGAUUGAAGAAUAACUUGGAAUGUUCUUAGACACAGAACUUAUUCAUGACAUUGGAAUUUUCUGCUUCUUAGACUCUCCAAUAAAAUAUUACAUUAAACAUGACAGGCAGAAAAUGAGCACGAUCUUUUAGAAGGCAGGCCACCUUAAUAUCUUAAAGUUUAUUUUUGUAAUCUAGAUGGGAAACAGAUACACAGAGUAUAUUUAUCGCAAACCUUAAUAGCAAUCAUGCUACAGGAAAAUUUCAUGACUCUAUAUUUCAAUCAGCUAUAGGACACAAUUUAUUUUCACACCUAUAUAAGUCUGCAGGUGUUUGUGAAUCUGUGAAAAAAACAUAUAUGCAUUAUUUCUCUGUUUGAACUGUAUAUCCAAUGGAUGAUUUGCAAUCUAAAUGAAUAUGAAUGUAAUCAUUAAUGUUUAAGUAAAUAGUAACCUUUAUAUUCUGAUGUCAUGUUGCUAUAAAUUAAUAACUUUAUUUAGUUAAUGUUUAAAGGUUCUAAAUUGGAUGUAGUAUCAGCCAUACAUAUAGCCUAUCAUAAGAAGCAAAAUUUUAAUUAUAAAUUAACUGGGGGUGGUUUUUGGAAGCUAUGCAGCAAAAAGAUUUGGCAAAAUUAAAGUUUUUACUGUUCUUCUUAACUCCCAUUGCUUUAAACCAAUCUAACCUCUACAUGCUGGGGUGUGCUGCUUUC